CCAUCCAUCCAUCCAUCCAUCCAUCCAUCCAUCCAUCCAUCAUCCAUCCAUCCAUCCAUCCAUCCAUCCAUCCAUCCAUCCAUCAUCCAUCCAUCCAUCCAUCCAUCCAUCAUCCAUCCAUCCAUCAUCCAUCCAUCCAUCCAUCCAUCCAUCAUCCAUCCAUCCAUCUAUCCAUCAUCCAUCCAUCCAUCCAUCCAUCAUCCAUCCAUCCAUCAUCCAUCCAUCCAUCCAUCCAUCAUCCAUCCAUCCAUCCAUCAUCCAUCCAUCCAUCCAUCCAUCCAUCCAUCAUCCAUCCAUCCAUCCAUCCAUCCAUCCAUCCAUCCAUCCAUCCAUCCAUCCAUCCAUCCAUCAUCCAUCCAUCCAUCCAUCCAUCCAUCCAUCCAUCCAUCCAUCCAUCCAUCCAUCAUCCAUCCAUCCAUCCAUCCAUCCAUCCAUCAUCCAUCAUCCAUCCAUCCAUCCAUCCAUCCAUCAUCCAUCCAUCCCUCCAUCCAUCCAUCCAUCCAUCCAUCCCACCAUCCAUCCAUCCAUCAUCCAUCCAUCCAUCCAUCCAUCCAUCCAUCAUCCAUCCAUCCAUCCAUCCAUCAUCCAUCCAUCCAUCCAUCCAUCCAUCCAUCCAUCCAUCAUCCAUCCAUCCAUCCAUCCAUCCAUCCAUCCACCCAUCCAUCCAUCCAUCCAUCCAUCAUCCAUCCAUCCAUCCAUCCAUCCAUCCAUCCAUCCAUCCAUCCAUCAUCCAUCCAUCCAUCCAUCCAUCAUCCAUCCAUCCAUCCAUCCAUCCAUCCAUCCAUCCAUCCAUCCAUCCAUCCAUCCAUCCAUCCAUCAUCCAUCCAUCCAUCCAUCCAUCAUCCAUCCAUCCAUCCAUCCAUCAUCCAUCCAUCCAUCCAUCCAUCCAUCCAUCCAUCAUCCAUCCAUCCAUCCAUCCAUCCAUCCAUCCAUCCAUCCAUCCAUCCAUCCAUCAUCCAUCCAUCCACCCAUCCAUCCAUCCAUCCAUCCAUCAUCCAUCCAUCCAUCCAUCCAUCAUCCAUCCAUCCAUCCAUCCAUCCAUCCAUCCAUCCAUCCAUCCAUUCAUUAAUCCAUCCAUCCAUCCAUCCAUCCAUCCAUCCAUCCAUCCAUCCAUCCAUCCAUCAAUCCAUCCAUCCAUCCAUCAUCCAUCCAUCCAUCAUCCAUCCAUCCAUCCAUCCAUCCAUCCACCCAUCCAUCCCUGUCUCCUUCCUCUGUCCCUCCUUCCAUCCCUCCCAUGUGCUCUGACCGCUCGGAACGUCUCCCUGCAGCUGCGGUACUAUGACAGCCGGAUGGACACGGAGUGCAAAGGAGUCAUUGACCUGGCCGAGGUGGAGUCCAUCACCCCAGGGACCCCCACCAUGGGGGCACCCAAGACGGUGGAUGAGAAAGCCUUCUUCGAUCUGAAGACGACGAAGCGCGUUUACAACUUCUGUGCCCAGGACGUGCCGGGGGCGCAGCAAUGGAUCGACCGCAUCCAGAGCUGUUUGUCGGACGCGUGAGCGCAGGAGCCCCUCUCCGGGCUCGGGGUCCGGGCCCGCGGAGCAGCGGCAGCGCUGGAGCCGGGGCUGGGAUCAGCUGCGGGUGAGGCCCUGGCCUCGGGCGGCCGCGGGGCUGGAGCCGCGGCUCCGCGCUGGGAGGCACUGGUGGAGGAUCCCGACGCGUUGAAGCAGGCCCGGGAUGAGCCGGGACGAGCUGGGAUGAGCAGGAGCUGCUCCGGCUCUGUCCCACCCAGGCCUGUCUGAGCCCUGUAAUUAUUGUGUCCCCUCCGCACCCCACUGCAGCCCCUGCACUGCUGGAGGAGCAGGAGCUGCCCUCCUCGCCCUCCCCAUGGCUUGCAUGUCCACCGAGCACCCAGGGGGACCAGCCCUGCUCCCCAUGUCUCGUAGUGCAGCACCCACCCCGCUCCCACCUUGCUGGGCCCAGGGACCUGCCGCUCAGGUGCUGGUGUUGGUGGGGGUGACGCGUUGAGCACAGGGAUGCGGUGUCCCCUGGGCACUGCAGGCAGAGGGUCCCAGUC